GUUUUGCAAGCACUGGAGACAUUGAAAAUAAUACUUGAUAUGCCUGAUGUUGCUUCAGGACGACUUUUAUUAUUCGAUGGCACGGAAACUAAAUUCCACAAUAAAGAAGAAAGAAUAUCAGUUGAAGAAUAUAAUAAAAUCAUAAAAAAGGAAUCAAAAUCUCGCAUAAUGAUUGAUAUACGAUCACCUGAAGAAUAUCAAAUCUGCCACUUAGAGGAUUUCAUUAAUAUUCCUUUCACACAGCUUAGCAAGAAUAACAAUUUAAAGCUAAUAAAAGACAAUAUAAAGGAAGCACAAAAAGAGCAUCAUUUAGUGGAUUUAUAUCUUGUGUGCAGACGAGGAAAUGAUUCACAAAAGGCUGUUCAAUAUCUGAAAAAGAUAUUUACUGAAGAUACUUUAAAAAUAAGAGACAUAAUUGGAGGUAUCCAUGCUUGGAGUAAUAAGAUCGAUCAAAAAUUUCCUAAAUAUUAA